UACUCCACUAGCCAGUCCGGCCUUGAUUGGAUGGAAAACUCGAGCAACCACAGGGGCUCGCGGGGCUCCGGGCUUCCUUGCGAUCUGGCCAGGUGCAUUGGCGACCGCCUCGACGUGCUAGGGCGCAUAUGCUUCCGCGCCGUGUGCCGGUCAUGGAGGGCAGCGCUCCCCGCCGGCCGCGUGACGUCCAUUCCGUCCCCUUUAGUCGUCAUCCCUGCUACAAUACCGUGCCGCUCCUUGCCCCUGCGAUCCAUCGUCGACUCAUGCAGCGGCACCACCACCACCUCCAACCCCUUAACACUCCACGCCGUCGGCUCGGGGCUGCGCUGCGUUGGCUCCAGCGGCGGGUGGGUCGCCGUCGCCGACUCCGAUUCGGUUGUACGGCUGGUAAACGGCCUGACGCUACAGGUGGCGGCAUGCUUGCCGCCGCUCCCGCGCAACACGGAGGUCCGGCGCCUGCAAGGCCUCGGCUUGGUCGACCCCUACUUCGCGUCCCAAGCUCCAGACGACUUCGACGACAUGCUCCUCGGCCGUGAGCACACCAUCCACAAGGUGGCGUUCUCGGUCAGGCCGCCGCGCGCGCGCGGGAGCAGCUACGCCCACAGCGCCGCGGCCCUCCACCGCGCACCUCGGCAGAGGCAGGGGCUGGCCUUGACAUUCACCAGGGCCGGGUGGGACCGGUGGGAAUGGCAGGAACCAGGCUUCUUCCCUGCCGGCGAGGACGAGCACUUCGACAUCGCCUGCUGCCAACGAUCCGGCGUGUACUACGUGCUGACGCCCGACUGGGUGUGGGUCCUGGACAUGAGCGCGCCCGUCCCCACGCUGGAGCCCUUAGUGAGAAUGAGCUGCGGCAUGUCCCUCUGCAAGGUCACCUUCGGGGAACGUAGGCACGUCGUCAUCUUGUCCGACGACGACGACGGCGGCGGGGCGCUCUCGCAGAUGUAUAUGGUGAUAAUCCAGGAAAUGCAGCAGCGGCGCGUCAUUGUGCAAAGGUAUACGGCCGGGGAGCCGUGGACCGUGGUCUCCGACCUGGGCGGCCGCGCCCUGCUCAUCGCCAAUCGCGCGCAGUCGGUGUCGGUACUCGGUGCUGCCUACGGCGUCGUCCCCGCCGUGGUUGAAGCGCGACUGCGUCUACUGGAUGACCAGCGAUGAGUACGGGUACGAUAGCUGGGAACCCGAACAGGGGAUGGUUCCCGUGUGGCGUUUCCACGUGCGAACAAAUACCACGGACAGAUUCGUACGGUCAAAUCAAGAACAAGCUGGAGCUGACUACCGGGUGCUGGAUUGGCACAACUCCCUUUGGCUUAUGCCUUCGUUGACAUGAUGGAUUAUUUUACAUUUAUUACGAUCUUUUUGUACUCCCUCUGUUUCCGAAAUAAUUGUCGCCGGAGAUAACCAGUUCAUUUUUCAUCACGUUGUAAUAUUUCUCUGCUUUCCUCUUUUGCCCCUCGCACUCGCUCUCUCCCCGACAGGCCACCGGCUACCACUCGCCUCCUCCCCACCCCAGAUUCGUCGACCUCACCCCGCCUACCGCCAGCUCCGACAACCCCCACCUUGGCGCUCAUCCACGAGCUGGAGCAGCUGGAUGAGGACGACCCAUCGAGACCGCCUCUUCCUCCGGCGACCACGCCACCCAGCGCCACCAGGACGCCGCCGCACCACCACCGAGCUUCCAGCUCUCCCCGUCCCAAUCGCCUCUUCCUCCGGCGACCACGCCACCCAGCGCCACCAGGACGCCGCCGCACCACCACCGAGCUUCCAGCUCUCCCCGUCCUAAUCCCCUCCUCCGGCCGGCCGCUCCUCCCUCUCGUCGGUCAAAGGUGACAUUUUUAGCAGCCGGGGUGCUCGAUUCGUGGCGGCGGUGCUCGAUUCGUGGGCGGCGGUGCUCGAUCCGUGGGCGGCGUUGCUCAAUCCGUGCUGGAGCAGCGGGAGGAGGAGGCCAGGGUGGAGAUCGUGGUGCGGGAGGGGGAGCUCGGCGAGACGGUGGCGGCGGCGGUGGGGCAGCUCCGGUCGUCCACGCUCCUCGUCAGCCUCCACGACAAGAGCUUCCUCUACAGACCGCCGAGCCCGUACGCCGGUGUGAGCUGCCUGGGCUGCCGGGCGCUCGCCGUCCGGCAGUAGACCACGGCGCGACACGGGGGCGGUGGAGGCCGAGCUCACCCAGCUCGAGACCAUACGGUGGCAGUAGGAGACUGAGCACCAUGUGGUGUGGGCGCCGGUUCAAAAUCACUAGCGAGUCCUACUUCAACUGCAAUGCAAUGGGAAAAGAAGCAAGGAGUACAAGGAACACACACUAUGUCAACAGAGAUACACAAUUUGCAAUUGGACAAAUGGUGUACUCCAGUAAUUUCUUCUGAUGACAAUUGUGAGGGAUCUCCUCAAAGGAAAGGAAGAUGGCUGUACUCACACCAGUACACCAGUGCUCUACACUACUGCUUGCUGCAUCACAGCUCUCACACACAAUGCCAGAAGAUACAAAGUUAAAAAAAGGUGGACAGAUGGACCUGUUCAAUUUAGGUCUCGGUUGGUACUGCAGCAGCCUUGCCGGUCCAAGCAAUCAAGAUCAUCAGCAAGUCAAUAACGGAGACGGUCGAGCACUAUCAUCACACUGAACCUGCAACACCAGUGAGAUGACUGAAGAUUGGGUUGUGGUUGGAGUGACAGGAGAAGCAAAUCACUUGACCAGUUGAAUCCUUGGGUGUACAAGACGGCCGAGCUGUGGCAGGUGAAGGAGCCGCUGCCGCUGCUCGCGCCGAAGAAGCGCAACUGCUCCAUGGUGUUCACCCUCAAGGAGAUGGAGGAGGCCACCAGCAUGUUCAGCGACAAGAACCUCAUCGGCAAGGGUGGCUUCGGCCGGGUUUACAGGGGCGUGCUCAAAGAUGGGCAGAUUCUCUUGAUUGGAGUGGAGAGGAGCAGAGACGAGAGGAGCAACAGAAGUGGACAGCGCAGCGGCUGACCUUGAGCUCUUGAUUGGAGUGGGGGGAGGCGGCCGACGAAGGAUCCGUGGCCAGCAGCGAAGGAUCCGAAGUUGUGGCGGAGCAGGCAGCCGGCAGGAGGGGCGGCCGGCGAGGGAGCUGCGGAUCUUGGCGCGGAAGGGCGGCCGAUGAGGGAGCUGCUGACCACGGCGGGGAAGGGCGGCCGGCCGGCGAGGGAGCUGCGGACCGCGGCGGGAAGGACACCGAAGAUGCGGGCGACGGAGGAGCCCGGCGAAAGGGAGCAGCGACGGCGGAGAAGCCUGGCAAAGUGGAGGAGCAACGACGGAGGAAGACGCUCAAAUCGGGGGUAGUAUUGUACUUUCACACUAUUUCACCUGGUCAGAAUGAUGCCCCCAAUGACAAUUAUUUCGGAACGGAGGGAGUAAUUCGUAGUUGCAUGAGAAUUUCAUUGUUCUUGAUCGGCGUCGAGACUUUUGAUCUCAGGUUGAGCCUCAACACUCUUGUAACUAGGAUGGCAGUUUUGCCCAUUGAUAUGGGUACCGUGGGAAUCCUACCCGAAAACAGCAGGCAUGGGCAAGAGUUAGCAGUAUUUUAUAGAUGAAAAAUAUAUUUAUAUCAAUAUGUAAUAGGUAUUCUUACCCGCAAAAUAUAUGGGUAGGACAUGGGUAUGAAUUUACGUUCAUGGAUAACCCAAUGAAUACCCAGAAAAAGUUAAUAAAUGAAAAUAACCCA